CUACAGACACUCGUCUCCCAGUAGUGGUUGUGUUAACUUUCUAGAGCGUUGGUUCUACGGGUUCUGUUGGCGUUUGCUGUGGACCUAUAAACGGGUUGUGUAGUAGAGAUUGUGUUUACCUUGGAGAGAUCACUGAAUCUACAAUUUUCUUGGGUGAUUCAGGUAUUCUGUUGUGCAUACCGGAUAUGUUGGCACCGCUUACGAUGAAGCUGUGGGUGAUAUUGGCAAGCCUGAACCUAGUAUGGGUCACAAUGGCCGAUUCCGUGAAUACUAUUUCUCCUGAAGCGCGCUCCAGCCCUCCAACCCUCUGGCUACUCGAACUACGAAAAGUGCCCCGCGAGACAACACCAAGCGACCACACAUCUCGAGACCACGACGUCAAAAUCGUGCUGGACGAACACUCCCUCAUCGUGGGCGUGACUCGUUGGACACUCGUCUUCCUCAAGGGCGGACAGCAGUUCACGAGUUCCCUAGACGCCCUCACGGAGACCGACGGCAUCCAGAGGGAGUUCGUUUUCAAGACGGAGCUCGUGGAAGGUGCCAACGCGGUCCUGGUGACGGCGAAGGGAAGGAGCGGCAGCGUGUUGGCGACGGGAACAGCCUACGUUCAGAUUCCGGACUUGGACUCCAACGUGGCUUGGGUAGGGGGGGAAUACCACCCCUCUUCCCCCUCCUCACUGCGAGUCGACCCUGGCACCCUGUCGGAGGUGUGGGUCAGCAGUCGAGUGUGCAGAAGAGAGAAGGCCCCCUGUUAUUUCCUGCAGAAGGAGCUGCCGGAGGUUGUUUCUCGGUGUCUGACUCUCUCUGACUCUCUCACCAACGUGCCCCUUGUCCUGUGUGACGAUACUGUGCUUCCCUUUCACGAACUCUACCAGACACCGAGCCUCUACAUCACUGACGACUAUCUGCUGGAAGUCAGCAUGACUCUGCCACAGGAUGUGGUCCUGGAGGGAAGGGAGGUCGUCGCCUACGACCCUGAAGACCCCAGCGUCGUUUUCUCCCCCGAAGGCUUCAGGUGCAAUCCUUCAGCAGGAGUGGGAGACCGAGGGGAACGCACGUGCACCCAGCGACUCGAGAUGACCGAGGCUAAGGACGCAGUGUCGGUGUUGGUGGUGUUGAUGUAUUCCGACGGAGGACGCCUGGAGUCUAAGCUCCUUACGUACAGAGGUCAGGAGCCUCGGGCGUCGCAAACGGGCGUGAUUGUGGGUUCGGUCGUGGGCGGGCUGGUGGGCGUGGUCCUCAUCGCGGCUGCCGUCUUCUUGCUGUUAAGAUGGAGAAAAAACAAAGGGAAGAAGGGGUCGUCGAGGAGGAGCUCGGCACAGUACGCUGCCACGCCGACCUCUGACCCCGCUGCGGCUUAGGUCAUCUCGUCGAGGUUCUGCGUCUUGUAUGAAACUAGAUUUUCAUUUUUUUGUUAUUUUUCUUCUUGUGGCAUUCAGGGUACCGCUGGUACGUAGUUGUGAGAUGAAGAUUAAUUGUAUGGAUGUUUCAGAGAGGAACAUGCAUACAGGAGUUAUGUGUAUAUAUAUAAUUUCCCAAACGUUUUAUGAAAGUUAGUGUGUUUCUAUCAAUAUUUUUUUUUUUUUUUUUUUUUUUUUGGCGACUCAUGCUUCAUAUUAGUUUCCUCAGUCUGGUGGCUAAGAUAUAAAUAAUGCAACAUUUAUAGACUUUCAUCUGUUAAUUCAUAUCAUAUGUUUUGCUCGUCACGUUGGUCAUCAGUCAAACACACACACACACACACACACACACACACACACACACACACACACACACACACACACACACACACACACACACACACACACAUUGAAUAAACGUAUUGUCGGGCAACUAGAGAACACCUUUGGCCGGUCAUACCCGUGUACCGCCUUUAAGAAUAUCGGCUUUUAACCACCUCAGCCAAGACAACGGUUGCUUCAGGUAGAAAUCGGUGUAGAUAUUUGCUCUUUCGUAAAUAUAUGACCUCAUCAUAUAUGUCAUCACAAUUAUUUGCUAUUUUUUACCACUACUAAUUCAGAUAUUGUUGUCAAGUUUUUUAAAAUCGAAGUAACCUUUAAAAUCACUGAUUAUUAUUAUUUUUACUUGUUAUUCUGGUUGAAGAUCUUUAAGGGUUUUUAUCAUUAUUUAACAAAGAUCACGUUUUUUUUUUUUUUUUUUUUUUUUAAAUAAAAAUGACUUUCCUUUGCUCUUCAAAAAACAUAAUUAAUAGUGAUUCCUUAAAUUUAUAUUACCAUAACUUUUAUUAUUUAUCAGUAUUAGUAUUACUGUAAUAAUUCAUUUUAUAAUUUUAAAGUGCUUUUUUUCUAUCAAAGUAAUAGAUAUAUAUGGAUGCUAGACUAAUGGUACGGUAAAAAUUAGCAAAAAAUCAAAAUGGCAUUAGUAUUGAAAAUAUAAUUUCUGCCGUAGAAUGUUAUAACUAUAUUAAUGUAGCAUGUUAUACUAUUAAUUUUUAUGUAUGUAUAUACAGAAAAAUAAACACUGUUCAUUCCAUAUAUAGUGUUCAUUCACUGAUUCAAAAACAAGAUAAAAAAGAUAAUCUGUUAUAGAUGUUUGUAUUCUCUUUUCUUAAUGUUAUCCUUUAGUACUAGCUGAUGUUUAGGUGUUACAAGUGAUAUCUGUCAAGUCCAUGGGAAUGUCCUGCUCUUGUGAACAUUAUCUGGAAAUUCUGUAAAUCUACCUUCACACUAUUUAAUGUUAUGAUCAUUGAUAUUGUUGGCUUCGUGUGUGUGAUAUAUGCGUGUAUGUAUGUAUAUAUAUAUAUACAUAUAUGUAUAUAUAUAUGAGAGACAGUUUUGUUUACAGCAUAUGAAAUGUACUUCUGAAGAAAAUAUAUAAAACAUCUAUUA